CUGUAAAAUAUGGGAGGCAAGCUACCUUUGACAGUUGAUCCCUCACUAGGCAAUCCUAGUAGCAAGAUCUUUUCAUUAAUUCAAAAAGAUCAAGAGCCUUUUGACCUAGAAUCCUGUCUUAAAAACAGCGAGUAUUCUAGUGAAUACAAAUAUGCUUUUGCUAAAACAACAGCUAUUCCCUAUCCUAAGGCUUUGUCUAGAUCUAUGCAAGUGACAAAGGCCGCUUAUAAAGUUGGUGUCUUACAAGCAAUCAACCGUUUUUGGUUAUCCACCAAUACUGGCCUUUAUUUGUGGGAUUAUUUAAAUAACCAUGUCUUCAGAUACGAAUGCAAUGGCACUAUUCAGAAUGUAGAUCUUAUUACCUUUGAUGACCAUCAUGAAUUACUUGUUUCUACAACUGAUUAUUUGUAUUUGCAUGCACUCGCAAUCGACAAAGACAAGCUACAUAUUGUAUCCAAUGCAAGCAUCAAAUCAUCUGGUGUUGUUAUGUCUAAUAUCGUUACUAUCAGUGAUACUAAGCGAGUAUUCAUGAAGGGCAGCGACGGCCAUCUUUAUGAGCUUUCUAUUUCAUUUGACAAUCAAGGCAACACCAGUCAACAUGGGCUUGUUUGUCAUACAGAAAACCCCCUUAUGUACUAUAUGCCUUCUUUCUUCAAGUCAGUCCCUACAACCAAAGUUAAGUGUAUUGCUUUGGAUAAUGAUACUUUGUUUGUGUUGCAAAGUGACUCAUCUAUCCAUGCCGUCAAUAUCAAGGGCACACUCUAUUCGCCUGUUCAUCGCUUUGAAGGCUCUAAUUUAGCUUCUAUCCAUGUGGUACCUCCCACUGAAUCAAGCAUAGUCAGAAUCAUGGCUGUAUCUGAAAAGGGAGAUCGACACUAUCUCAAAUAUCAAUAUCCAGAAUUUACUCUUUAUCAUACUCGUUCUGCUCCUUCUUUAGCUGGAUCACUUCUAUUUAAUGGGUUGAUGAAAGAGGAAACAGAGGUAUCUUUCUAUCAACAAGGCGUAUUUGGUGCUGUACUAUCUAAAUCUGAAAAGCAGUUCUUGAUCUGGAGUUGCCCUCAUUUGAUUGAAUCGGAUCAAGGAAAGAAACUUUUAGAAGACUUGUAUACAGAAGCCUUAACUAACAAAGUAUGGGGUUUAAUUCAACGUCCUCCAAAUUCAUCAAGAAAUCAUUUCAAACCAACAUUUGCAUUUCCUGAAGAUACUCCUACAGAAUACUUGGCAGUAUCUGACAUUGGUCUUAUUCAAUACAUUCAACGUCGUCCUGUAGACUAUUUACAAGAACUUCUUCAAUCCACCAAUUCAGCAGCAAACGUACUUAACUUUAGCCAGCGCUUUGGAUAUAUUGAAACAGACUGCUUAGCUUACAUGUUGGCUUGUUCACGAACUAAGCUCAUGCCUGAAGCAGGUCUGUAUUUGAGACAAUCCAUCAGAAGAGAAGAAGGUCUGCUGCUUUAUUUUGCUCGUGUUGUUCAGGAUAUCUGGGGGAUGGAUAUUUCUCAGAAAAAAAUACCUCAAGACCAACUCGCAACAGUUCAAGAUCGUCUUAAGGCAUUGUUGGAAACCAUUUAUCGCGUUGGUAUUCCAAUCAAGAAUGAAUUGCUGAAUCUUAUUACACGUACAAUUGAAUCAAUUUCAUUUGUUUGUUUUGUUCAUAAUCUCGAAUGGAUUCAGAUCAAAUCAAGCUUAACAUCACUCACUACACCCUUCCCGUUUGCAGACAUGGUGUCAACAGAGAAAGGCAUUCAGCUUGCUGAUGAAAUCGUCCUUGUUUCUAUUCAAUAUUCUGAUCUGUCCAACUCAUCUAACAACUUUAGCUUUAUUGGUAACUUUUUGGAAUCAGAAUGUCUUUCGUAUUUUGGGUAUAACAACGUUGUUUACUACAAGGGCUUAGAAUGCUUACAAUCAGCUCGCAAUCACCCCAAUGAAAAGAAACAAGCUUUAUUGCAGGCACUACAUCACUUUCAAACCAUCAUUGAAGCACUGGAUAUAACUGUCGUUGAGGACUUAAGCCGAGAUAUAUGCCUUUUAGAAAACUAUCUUUGCGCUAUUCAUUUGAUUUUCGCUAAAUAUCAGACGACAGAUGCAGCAGCGCAUGAACAAAUCUAUGCUACUCUAUUGCCCAUCAUUCAAAAAGUAGUUUUACACCAAAAACAACAAGCUCACGCUGUCUUGAUGGACACAUUAAAAUUGACUAUGGACAAGGAGUUCCACUACAAAAUUUAUCAAUGGCUUUUUGAUCAGAAGCAUAAACAAUUGAUGAUCACUUUGGAAACACCUUUACUUCUCGACUUUAUCCAGACUGAAAUCACAAACUUGGCAGAACGUUAUGCUUGUCUGAAGACGUAUUACACACAUCGUGAACAACAUGAAUUAGCUAUCGACAGUCUCUUCACUUUAGCAACACAAGUACCUCAAGUGGUUCUUAGCCAUCGUGUUCGAUUUCUCAAGACUGUUUGUGAUGAAGUGUCCUUGUUGCCAGUAUCUGAUCAUACCAAACAAAAGGCUGCUACCAUUCAGCACACAUAUAAAGUGGCACAAAUUCAACUUGAUGUGCACAACAUACUAGCCAACCAAUCCUCUACAGAAGCUCAACGAGACCUUGCAAGUGUAGCUGAUACACUCUUGUCUGCUGAUAAGUUACUAGAGAUAGUUUAUGAUCAUGCUUUGUAUGAACCUGCUUUAUGCUUGUUGAAUCUUAUGGAAAGAUGCGAUUGGGAGUUUGUCAAACGUGCUUGGACAGGUAUUACCGAAUCAUGUUCAAAUGAAAAAGAACUUAAAUCAAAGGUGAUUGAACUGACUAACCGCCUUUACCCAUCCAUACCUUCUUUCCCUGUUUAUAUCAUUUUACAAAUCUUACAACAACAUUUUAAUGCCGAUUUUGCUUCUGAUACACUUAUUGAUGCUGGAGUACCUUCAGAAGUUGUUUCUGAUGCAAAACAGGCUGUUUCUUCACAUUGAGCACUAUAUUUAUUCUUUUUUAAUGAAAAAAAAAACUCAAAUUGCUUCAUCUUCAUCUUAAAGAACAAACAGAAACAUUGUAUCAUAUCAUUUAUUUUCUAAAUAAAAAUGAAUUUGUUUAUACUGAAAGAA